CGCUGCCACCAUUUGUACAAAAGUCACUUUUGUCUGCAGAAAAAAUAGCUCUCUGCUCCAUUGCGUGGAACAUUUGUGCGAAUUAAAUAUCUACCCUUCGCGUUUGAAAGCACAAAACACGAACGAAAUAGUAAGCGAAUACCAUGGCAAGCCAAACGCAAGGAAUUCAGCAACUGUUGGCCGCUGAAAAGCGCGCCGCGGAAAAAGUGGGCGAAGCACGGAAACGAAAGCAGCGUCGUCUGAAGCAGGCAAAGGAAGAGGCACAGGAGGAAAUUGAACGAUACCGUCAGGAACGGGAGCGACAGUUCAAGGAGUUCGAGGCAAAGCACAUGGGAAGUCGCGAAGGUGUGGCGGCUAAGAUCGAUGCCGAUACUGCCAACAAGAUCGUCGAGAUGAACCGCUCCAUUUCGGUCAAUAAGGCAGCACUGCUGAGUGAAAUCCUUACACUCGUGUACGACAUUAAACCGACGGUCCACAAAAACUUCCAGUACACCAAGUAAGAGGCGUCCCAAACAGCAGCCGAACUAACGGUUCUCCAAGUGAAUUGCAUACUGCAAAUAGGAACGGAAUACACACGGAACAGUAGUAGUAGUAGUACCCCCCCGCCCCACAAUGUUGAACACAAGCGAGAUUGUGUGGCAAGACAGCGACAAACGACAAAACAAACGCCAUUAGAUUCUAUCGAUGUUCGUCUGGGUGGAAAUUAGUGGAGCUGUAAAUACUUGUUUCACGCUGUUCUUCUUUGCGCGAGGAGCGUUGCCGCAAGUGAAGAAAUGCUUACUUUGUUUGUUCCCGCGCCAUUACACGUAUUGCUAUCUUCUCUCGCGUAUCCUGUUUGUAGUGUGUAACAGUUGGAGAAUUUCCCCCUUCCCCCAACGAUUUUGUUUUAUCUCUUCUGCACCACUGUAGAAGGGAGGUUUUAAUUCGGUAAAAACUCGGCCCAGGCUGGCUGGUGAUCCCGGGUGCGCAUACGUUCGUCGUACAAGGCGAAACGUUUGAGUCAGCGCAGGUAAUCGUCGAAUAUUGAUCAUAUUACACAAGGAUCCGGUAUCUCUCAUUCCAAAUCUUUCAAUCGGUGUAGUAUCUUGUUGUUCCCCAAGCCAUUGUCGAUACUUGCUAUACAUUAGAUGAAUUACUAACAAAAAUCAUGACAAUAUUAUCGAACCACUCGAUCGCUUGUAGCGAGGCAGGAGGCCGUCGCGACCCGCCGCCUUAUUAGUUUCGUUACAGCCAAGAGUGUUUUGUUUGGUAUUAUGAACUGGGGUUUGAUUUAAAAAAAAAAAAACAGUCUCACUCUAUGAUCUAUAAAAAUAUGUGGCCGCACAAACACUAUGAGGCGCUCAAGAUAUUCAACUUUUUUUGUAUCCGUAAUCCGUUCCGUUCUUUGCUAUUGUUGUUGGCUUAAUUGUUUUUUUUUUUCUAAUUAUUAUUAUUUCGUUCGUUUGUAACUGUUUACCGAUGAUAUUUCGGAUACGCAAUACUGUUAUAUCUAUCUAUAAAGUGAAGGGCGCGUGUGUGGUCAUGAAAAACUAUAUAUAUUCCCUAUUCCUUAACUGCAAAAGCUAUAUCUAUCUUUACAGUGUAUCUCCACAGGAAAAGUUAUCUCAUAAAUCGAAAAUGUAAAGAAACCGAUAGCUCUACAUGGAAUAUAGUUAUGAUGAAUGCGGUUGAACAA